GCUUAUGAUCAGAAAAACAUUAGACGGAGAGUUUAUGAUGCCCUUAAUGUCCUGAUGGCAAUGAACAUAAUUUCAAAGGAGAAGAAGGAAAUCAGAUGGAUCGGCCUUCCUACAAACUCAGCCCAGGAAUGUCAGAAUCUAGAGAUAGAAAAACAGAAGCGGAUUGAAAGGAUAAAACAGAAGCGAGCCCAACUACAAGAACUGCUGCUGCAGCAAAUAGCAUUCAAAAACUUGGUACAAAGAAAUCAGCAAAAUGAACAACAAAAUCAAGGCCCUCCAGCUUUGAACUCAACAAUACAGCUGCCUUUCUUAAUAGUCAACACUAGCAAAAGAACAGUCAUAGACUGCAGCAUAUCAAGUGAUAAAUUUGAGUACCUCUUCAAUUUCGAUAACACUUUUGAGAUCCACGAUGACAGCGAGGUGCUGAAGAGGAUGGGAAUGUCCUUUGGGCUUGAGGAAGGCAAAUGCUCAGCGGAGGACUUGAGAACUGCAAAAUCACUGGUGCCAAAAGCUUUAGAAGGCUACAUCACGGAUAUGUCUGCAGGAUUUUCAUGGAUAAACCAAGGGUUACUUUCAAGUUCAGCACAAGCAGUUUCACACUUAGAGGUAGCAGGAGGCAGUUCUGAUGAUAAAUCAAGUGAAAAUCCAGGGUUGUGUUUGGAUGCUGAAGUGGCCUUAGCAACUGGGCAGUUCCUUGCCCCUAGCAGUCAACAGUCCAGCAGUGCCACAUCACGCUACUCUGAGUCACGGGGAGAAACUCCAUGCUCAUUCAAUGAUGAAGAUGAAGAGGAUGAAGAUGAGGAUUCUUCCUCCCCAGAAUAAGGACAGAAUAUACAAAAUGCUGCUUAGAUAUUCUUAAUGGGAACUCCUGUUUACAUUUUACUUAAGUUUCUUGCCUUGGUUUGUGCUGUGUUCAGUGAAGCAAAAUGGAAGCUUCAAACCAAAUUGAUCCACAGCUGAAAUUGAAAACUUUCUGUACCUGAACACAGAGUGACAUGCAGCCACAGAGCAAAGUGGUUUUAAUCGACUA